AUGGAUAGCUCCACGUCGGCAGCGGAGUUUUGGAAAGUCCUGGCUGGGGUUCCAGGAUCGACGGACUUUCGAUACAGCAGCCUGUCUAGCGAUAUGGCCAAAGAAGAGAUCAGGAUUCUGGACCUGCUCCCAGGGGACCCAUCGUCACCAGUACGGUGUGGCGUUCGGCACAUCGGUCUCACGGACCAGACGGAGAAAUGGUUCGCGGUCUCUUACUGUUGGGACACUGAAAACCAAUCUUUCCGCUUCAUCGGGACGAAGACCAUCUUCUGCGACGGCCAGCCGUUCCUCAUCUCCGACAACUUGCACGACGCCCUCAUCCGUCUUCGCGAGCUGGCAGACGGAGCCUCGCUACCGGUCUGGAUCGACGCGAUCUGCAUAAAUCAAUCGGACUUGCGAGAGAAGAGUCGCCAGAUCGCGCUGAUGCGUCAGAUAUUUGCGGGAGCGCACAAGGUGUUCGUCUGGCUGGGUGCUGACACCGCAGACACAGCACUGGCGUUCGACUUUGUCCAGGAAAUGCACGAGGCCGCCGCAUGGCAGAUUUCUCAGCACGGCAAGACGGACGAUCGUCGGUUGAAAAACUUGAGCGCAGAGCAACGAGCUGCUCUUCGGAUAGACAGAAUUACCCCUGAAAAAGUCGAAGCGUUCUCAAACUUGCUGCGGCGCAAGUGGUGGAGACGAGUCUGGGUCAUACAAGAAUUCGCACUCGCUCGGGACGUAGAGUUCCUUUGCGGCCGCUUCUCCACAAGCGAGGCUCGGUUCUCUGCUGCGCUGCGCUCGUCUCAUUCCCUUGGUCUAUUGGGUGUGCUACCCUGUGCCCUUUACGACCAGCCCGUCAUGCUACAUGCUGUUCGGGAGGAGAUGCAAAGAAACGAGAAGAAGCCUUUGUUUGACCUUUUGCGACGUUUCCGUCGAUUUCAAGCUACGGAUUUGAGAGACAAGGUGUUUGCAAUAUGCGCACUAGCAAACGAUGUAGGAGAGAACCCCUCAGACCUUCACAUACAGAUCGACUAUGAGGUCAAAUAUUUGGAACUUUUCAAGUCGAUAUCUCUCCAAUUAGCCAUUAGAGAUAUGAACCUGGACUUUCUUACCGCAGCAGGCUAUUGGCUGAAUUCAUACGCAGGUCCGAGCUGGGUACCGGAUUGGAAAGGGAUUAUUGACGCGGACAACGUCUUUUUGUCGUGGAUAUCAACCUUCACCCCCAGACCGCUAGAUUUUGAUCCCGAUUUUAGGCAACCGGAAAUGUGGUAUCGAGCGUCAAAGGAUUCCAAGUUGCGUCGAGGAUUUAAGGAGAGCAACGAUGUGUUGAAAGUUUAUGGAUAUACCUUUGACCGAAUAUCACAGCUUGGGCCCGAACUGGAGACAUCCGGGGCGCUGGAAUCAAGCAGUUGGACCGGAGAGCUACCAAUGUCAGAGAACAUUGAGCACAUGUGGCGCACGUUGGUGGAAUGGGAGGCUAUGGUCGAGGCAGCUUUUGCUCGGAGAUACAAGGACGAAACGAGUCUCGACGUUUACUGGCAGGUGUUGGUUGGCGGUGUUCGCCCAGGAGAUAGCAGGCAAUUCAGGGAUCUCCAGCAGAGCUUUGGAAGCUGGCGUCGGGAGAUCCGUGGAGGCUUUGGCGGCACUCCAGGUUCGGAUGCGGACCCUCGAGUGGACUUUCUGGAGCGUGCUGGAGGUGCAUUUGGCAAACGACUUUUCAUAACGAAGAAGGGCUACAUUGGCCUAGGGCCCUCGGCGAGUCAAGUCGAUGACAGAGUCGUCCUGUUAGAAGGCGGGAAAGUUCCUUUCGUGAUGCGGAAGAGUCUCUUUCGGAGGAUGAAGAUUCCAGGCAUGCCGAACAAGGCCCUGUGGCAACUGAUUGGAACGGCAUACGUUCACGGCUGCAUGCUCGGGGAGGUUUACUCGAGCUACCGGUGCUCUAGCAUGCUUAUUGAAUAA